AACAGAGCACGAGCUAGGUGUCACUCAGCCAAUAGGCCACUAACUCCCCACUCCCAACUUUACAUGCCACUUCCUACCUCAUUUAUCUCCCAAACUAGCUAACCAAAUCCAGAAACCCUAAACCUCAAACAAUCCUCCUCCUCCACACUUAUGGAGUACUCUAUCAACCAAAAGGAAAAGAAGCCAAUCCCACCACCCAUCAACACAACACUCACCACCCAAACCUGCAACUGCUUCUUCUGCACAUUAAAACGCCCCAAAAACUCACUCUCAAGAACAGCAUCCCUAACAACUUUUCUCAACCAAAUGCCUUCUAUCGAGAGCCAUGAAAACGUCCUAAUCCUCAGCGAGCUAUGGACCAUCGCCAUGCACCAUCCAGACGACCCGCAGCUCCCUUCCCUCGGCAUCUUCGCUUCCAUGGCUGCACUAAUCCAAAAGGCCAUAAAAUCUCCCUCCUGGCUUCUGCACGACCAAAACAUCUACAUCCCCUACUACGCAGCCCACGUCAUCGGCUCUUACACCAUGAACAAGCCGGAGUUCGCAGAGCAGGCCGUGGAGUCAGGGGUCAUCCCGCCGCUGUUGGACCUCCUCGGAGGUAAAAUCAGCUGGGUCGAACAGCGAGUCGCGGUUCGAGCCCUGGGACACCUCGCCAGCUACCAGGCCACCUUCGAAGCAGUUGCGGUUUACGAACGUGAGGUCGUUGAGUUAGCCAUGGAGCUGGCUUGCUCUGCAGCUGACGUGGUGUACAAGGAGUUCGUCGGGGUGAAAGACGGUGCCUUGAGAUUGAAGUACCACUGUGAUUUGCUCACGCGAGGUGUUGGUGGCUCGGAAAUGGAAGAAAGAAAAGCUGAGGAAUGGGCUGGCCAGGUUCAAUGCUGGUCUCUUUAUCUCUUAAACUGUUUCGCAUCCAAGGAGAGAUCGAUAACCUUGAUCUGCAGCAGAGUUGGGUUCCUCGAGAGAUUGAGCAAGAUGUGGGGCGGAGUAGCGAAUCACUCUUCGCCAGCUGGCAUCGGGCUGAUUCGGAUACUCUGUUACUACAAAGCUGGCAGGAAGAAGAUUGCUGAGUCGGAACAAGUGAUCCGAAGUCUCUGUAACAUCUCGAGAUCGUCGGAUGAUUGGCAGUACAUGGGGAUCGACUGCCUUGUUUUGCUUCUCAGAGACCGAGAAACUCGGUACAGAGUCAUGGAGCUUGCUUCCCUCUGCCUCGUCGAUUUGGUCGAGGUUAAAAAUCUUGGUCAUUACAGAUCAAACGUGGGCGAAACAGUCGCGGAAGCUCUGCUUUUGGACUACAAGCUGCAAUGGAAGGUGCAGCAGCUGAAGGGUAAUGAGAGGGUUGAAAAGAGAUUAGAAGAAGUAUGGAGCUUGAAGGUGGGGAGAAGGAAGAAAGAGAGGACAAUGUCGAAAGAGAGACUGGAGGAGAGGAAAGUUCUGGCCAUGCUGAUAAAGCAACAGGCGAAACGUUUCUUCGUGGUCGGGGAGGUGGAGGAAGCGAUGGCGAAGUAUGGUGAAGCGCUGGAGACGUGCCCGUUGCGGUUCAGGAAAGAGAGAAUGUGCUUGUAUGGUGACAGAGCAGAGUGUCGGUGGGUUGUUGGUGACGUGGAUGGGGCGAUCAGCGACUCGACUCGGGCGAUUUCGCUGUCGUCGACGGCUGACGGGAACAGGAGCUUGUGGAGGAGGGCGAAGGGGUAUGAGAUGAAAGGGAUGGCGAAGGAGUGCUUGAUGGACUGCAUAAUGUACGUGAGCGGGUGUGUGAAGAUGGAACGACGUCGUGGAGUGGGAGUUAUCCCGUACGACGCGGUGCAUUUGAUGAGCAAGAUGAUGGAUGCCACGUGGCUGUUUGCUGCUGCGAAGAGUGCAAAGGCUGAUGAACUACUCGUGAAGGAUGAUGAGAAUGGGGAAUUGGAAGAGAUUGUCAUGAGAAUGGUUAUGGAGACAAAGGGUGACAUUUCACUCUCAGGGGACGUGGGUGAAGGGCUUUCAACUAUAGUGGAAGAAGAGCCAUCGGGGAAGGAAUAUUUGAGCAGGAGAAAGUUGGCAAGGCCAAGAACAGGGAAGAAGAAGCCUCAAUCACUGUAAUACAAGAGAGGAAAUGAAGAUGUGAGAACUAUUUUUGGAUUAUUGCAGCGUUUUAAAUUGGUAAAUGACUAGGCGGAUAUAUGGGGUUUAGCAUAUGUACGUGCUGACGUCAUUGGAUCUCGUUUGUAUAACUUAUAGCUGUUGUUGGAUGUAUAUUGUGAUAAUUUUUAUAUAAAUGAUUGUUAUUGCAUGCAUUCAACAACUAUGAAUUGUGAGAUGCAUGAUCCACCAACAUAAAAGCAGUUAAAUUUGCUAGAUUUUGAGAUGGAUUUUACGUUUGGUCAUUAAACUUGGUUUUAACUUAUGGAGUUUAUCACUUAUUAAGUUAAUCAACAUCUGAUCUCAGA